AUGGGUUUCUUUUCCGUUGUCGGAGCUAAGCGACAGAAACACGAUCCAGCUCCGGAAGUGUACGAAUACCCAGAUAUUCCUUCUAUACCGCGCCCAGUCAUCUAUAGGGCCUUAGAUCAUGAUCAGAUACCUUUGUACAACAAGUUAGUGGUUGAUGCAAGAGGUGUUGAACCUACCGAAUCCCUAGAAUGGGGUAAUCACAGAGUCGCGGAAGCUCGGGCCUUGCUAGAGCCAAUUGUUACAAGACAGAACGAGCGUCUGUUUAGAACCCACCACCGGUCUUUGAAGAUAGCAAGCAGCGUAGCUAUCCGAUUCGAUGUACAUCUGCGAAAAGAGAUCUGGGUUGGCCAAUUUUGGACUGCGGCCCCAGCUGACACCCAUGCUGGAGGAAUGGAAAUUCACCAGCUUCCACCCUUCAGAUAUCCUGAUUAUGCCGUCAUGCUCCCUCUUAUGAGUCUAUUCCCCUACCUUCUAAAUCCACGUCGGCUCUUGACAGCUGAGGAGCUCAACAAACUGCGGCUAAUGUAUCCACAUGCUUGUGGCGUGCAACUACUUAUCGGGGGUCAACUGGUGAUCCUGUUCAAGACAGAGUCGGAUAUGAGAGCUUCUUGGUCACGAGGGCUUUGUAGCGAAAUUGGCGGGCUUCAAGUUGUCUACAACGUUCUUGACUGUCAGCCAUCGCAUGACCCUGUCGUCCCUGGUGCCGUUGUGCAGAACUUUCCUGCGGACCCUAAGGACCCUCUUGCCUGGGUUUGCUUAGGCCUCAAGGUCAAGAUGCAAGAUGGUAGAGAUGCCAUUACAACUGUAACACAUGGAUUUGUAAAGUUACCCAAGAAGGGAGAAAAGAGAUGGAGGGCCAUCACAGCCAGUUACUUCGAUCACAUAAAGGCGAAGCUACGGAACUUCCAAACCCCAAGACGCGAGACUGUUAUUCCGGCAGUUGCUCGUUCAUCGUCGAUGUCACCGUACAACUCCCCUAUUGGCAAAAUAGUGACAUUGUUCCGUUCGAACAAGAAAAUUGGCUACAUUGGUAGAACUUGGGAUCGACCUAGCCGAUGGCUUCCAUAUCCAACGGGAUAUAAGCAUGACUUAUCCCUUAUCUACAGUAGUGAUGAUUCACAGCUUCCUCCUAUGUUCCCCCGUCCAGGUAAUCCAGCUAUAGAUGGCUGGGCAGACCUAGGCACUGUUCUAGAUGGCGCACCAGUGUUUGUGUCAUAUUACAACACAGUACUUGGCGGCGAGGUGCAAUUUGGCACGGCAAUUCGGGAAGGGCAGAUGAACAUUUCUGAGGCACACAGUGCACUUGUCCAGGGAACUCAGUGGGUAUGGGAUAGCCAACUUAUGACGCAGUCUGCGGCCCUUAUCUGGCGUAUUACGCCCAACAACCCGGACCAGUACACGUCAGGGGGAGGAUUUUCAGGCAGUGCCCUCUGUCUUGGAAGAGUAACGGACAGUACUGUCAAAGCAGUUGUGUUUCAAAAUUUUGAUGUGCCCUAUCCAUCAGGACCUGCCUUAGGUGAUUCAAGGCCAGCGGACUAUCCUACUUUCAACAUCAAGGGAGGCUUCGUACUACCACGGGAGCUGCUUGAAAGCGAAAUUCAGUGUUGA